AGCAUCAUUUCUGGCACUCGGCUGUGCUCACAUGUCCUCCAAUUGAGGGAGGGAGAGAGAGAGGGAGGGAGAGAGAGAUAAGGCACGGUGAAGAAGAAUACCAUGUCGCAUGUAGCCAGUUUGCUCGCGUCGGCUGUGAUCCCAGUGGUGGCCAAUAAGCUGGGUUCCGUCAUUGGGGAUGAGGUCACGAUGCUGUGCAGCUUCAAGAACGACCUCAAGGAGUUGAAGGACACGUUAGAGUACAUGGAGGCGGCGCUCAAGGAUGCUGAGAGGCGGUCUGUCAUGGAGGAAUUGGUGCGGUUGUGGCUCAAGCGGCUCAAGAACGCUGCCUACGAUAUCUCUUACAUGCUCGAUGAGUUCCAAGCCAAUAGUGAACCAACCUCCAGAAAGAUUAUUGGAAAGCUGGACUGUUUUGCUAUUGCACCCAAGGUUACCAUGGCUUAUAAGAUGAAGAACAUGAGAGAUCAGCUGAGGAAGAUCAAAGAGGAUCACGAGAGUUUCAAAUUCACACAUGAUAACUCCAGCCUAAUUAAUAUGUGGCAAUUUCCUGAUCCACGGGAAACAACAUCAGAUGUGACUGAAUCACUCAUCAUAGGGAGAGACAGAGACAGAAUGAAUGUCCUUUCUUUGUUAUCCACAAGCAACAGCAAGGAACAUAUCACAAUUCUUCCUAUUUGUGGGCUUGGAGGAAUAGGAAAGACAACUUUGGCACAACUGGUCUUCAGUGAUGCUCAAUUCAAAGAUUAUGAUCAUCGGGUAUGGGUCUAUGUAUCCCAGGUGUUUGACAUGAAAAAAAUAGGGAACUCCAUAAUUUCUCAAGUAGAAAAAGGAAGCCAGAAUCUAGAUACAAGGCAGUUGAUAAACCAACAUCUUAAACAUCUACUUCAAGACAAGAAGACACUGCUUGUUUUAGAUGACCUAUGGGAGACAGAUAGCACCCAACUGAAUCAACUCAAGCUUAUGUUAAAUGUAAGCUCCAAGAUAAGAGUCUUAGUCACCACACGUAGCAUAGACAUUGCAAGAAAAAUUUGUACUGUUGAACCAGUAAAGCUAGAUCCCUUGGACAAUGACAUGUGCUGGAGAAUAAUCAAGCAAAACAGUGGCUUCGAAUCUAGAGCUGAUAAAGAGCAAAUCGAGCCAGUUGGACAGACAAUUGCAAAGAAAUGUGGAGGUUUGCCAUUAGCAGCUCAAGCACUUGGAUUUUUGCUAUCUGGAAUGAAUCUUAGUGACUGGGAAGCAAUAUGCAAUAGUGAUAUUUGGGAUGAACCAUUUUUUGAUAGUACAGUGUUGCCAUCCUUGAAAUUAAGUUACAAUACUUUGACACCAUAUCUGAGGUUAUGCUUUGCCUAUUGUGGCACCUUUUCUAAAGGUCGCAAUAUAAGUAAAGAUGAUCUCAUCCACCAAUGGAUUGCUCUGGGUUUCAUCCAGUCAUCUACUAACUUUUCGGCCAUACAACUUGGCGAGAAGUAUGUUAGGCAAUUCAUGGGGAUGUCUUUCCUUCAGCAUUCAAAAUUGCACAAGGAUUUUCCAAAAACAACUUUCACCAUGCAUGAUCUGGUGCAUGAUCUUGCAAGAUCGGUCAUUACUGAAGACUUAGCAGUCUUUGAUGCUAAAAGAGCGAGCAGUACUAGAAGAAAUGAAUACUGCCGCUAUGCAUCUCUUACAAAUUACAAUAUUUCAGAUUACAACAAGGCAAGCAAGAUGUCAACUAUUUUCCUACCUAAGUUAAGGGUGAUGCACUUUUUGGAUUGUGGAUUCCAUGGUGGUGCAUUUUCGUUUCCAAAGUGUCUGCGUGUCUUGGAUCUAUCUAGAUGCUCCAUCACAGAGUUUCCAAGCACCGUAGGACAAUUGAAGCAACUGGAGGUUCUUAUUGCUCCAGAGCUGCAAGAUCGACAAUUUCCCGACAGUAUCACUCGUCUCUCAAGAUUACAUUACCUGAACCUCAAUGGAUCACGUGAAAUUUCAGCAAUACCAAGCUCGGUUAGCAAACUUGAGAGUCUUGUGCAUCUUUACUUAGCUUACUGUACUAGUGUCAAAGUCAUACCAGACAGCCUUGGAAGCUUAAACAACCUUCGUACACUUGACUUAUCAGGGUGCCAGAAACUAGAGUCUCUUCCAGAGAGCCUUGGAAGCCUUGAAAACAUCCAAACACUCGAUCUCUCAGUCUGCGAUGAACUAAAGUCCCUUCCUGAGUGCCUUGGAAGCCUAAACAACCUUGAUACCCUUGACCUCUCAGGCUGCCGUAAACUAGAGUCCCUUCCAAAGAGCCUUGGAAGCCUGAAAACCCUUCAAACACUAGACCUCUCAGGCUGCGGUAAACUAGAGUCCCUUCCAGAAAGCCUUGGAAGCCUGAAAACCCUUCAAAGAAUGCACCUCUUUGCCUGCCAUAAACUAGAGUUCCUUCCGGAGAGUCUUGGAGGCCUCAAAAACCUUCAAACACUCGACCUCUCGCACUGCGAUAAAUUAGAGUCCUUACCAGAGAGCCUUGGAAGCCUACAAAACCUUUAUACAUUUGACCUCUCAAGCUGCUUUGAACUAAAGUCCCUACCAGAGAGUCUUGGAGGCCUCAAAAACCUUCAAACACUAGACCUCACAUUCUGCCAUAGACUAAAGGACCUUCCAGAGAGCCUUGAAAGCCUCAAAAACCUUCAAACACUUAACCUCUCUGGCUGCUAUAGGCUAAAGUCCCUUCCGAAGGGCCCUGAAAACCUGAAAAUCAUUGGAAGAGAUUGAAGUUAUGGAUAUAAGAGCAUCAAUUUUUUGACACGUUGUAUACAACAGAUCACCUGGCCCUCGAUGUUAGAUAACGCGUGCAACAUAGAGUGAGCUGAGGCUGCUAUGUGAACAAGGCUUUCCCAGCAUAAAAAACAUUAAACUGCAGACGUGAUCAAUCAGCUGAAGUGAUGGGAGUACGUCCUGUCUGGGAGAGCAAAAAAAGCUUCAUGGAGCCGUCCAAAGAUGAGGUCUAAGCUCUGUACAUGGUGACUUGAGUAUUGAAUUCAGUACUCUGGUCAUACUCCCAUGUUCAUACUCUAUUUACACAUGGUGACAUGAGUAAACGUAGUAGACUGGUCGAAAAACCUUAUAUGGUGUGGCAGUUGUGCUGUGAGCAUUCCAAACUGAAGGAACGCUCGCCAGUUUCCACCAAUUAAUGCUUC